CCACGACCCACCGUGUUUGGCAGAUCAAGGCGGCCUCGUACUACUGUACUGUACUGGUACCCAUGCCGGCCCAUGUCGACGUAGCUCAGUUUAUGUGCAACCCCCCGGUUCAUGCCAUGGCCUUUUGAUGCUGCUUUGCCUUUUCGCUUUGGCUCUGUUUCUGUUUGGCUCUUGCUCUUGCUCUGGCUCUUGCUCUGGCUCUCUUUCUGCCCUUUGCCUCUCUGCGCUCGCUCGCUCGCUGCCUUUUGCUGCCCUGCCGCGCUACCAACUACCAACUCACCCCGUCCAUUUCGCGCGUCAACUAGUUCCCAUCCCGGCCUGGCUCGAUUUCAAUUGCCUGCACCAUCUUCAACUAAAUUCACGUCCCCACUCUGUUUUGGGUCUAACCCCAUCCUCCCAUCUUACCUAUCCUCACCUCACUUCACCUCGCUAGUCGCCCCCAGUCGCCUAACCCCAGCAGCUUCCAAGGAGCCCAAGCCAGAGGCCAGAGCCUGCGUCCAUCCUUAUUCUCCUGCUUCCCACCACCACCACCACACCUCCUCUCCUCUCUCUCACCACCACACCUCUAGGCCUGAGCCAGCCUUUUAUCACCAUUAAUAUCUCCUCAUUCCAUUCCACUGUUGUGCUGUUGGAUUCCUUUCGAAGUUACAAUUGACGAGCCCGACACUUGAACCAGUCAUUGGUUCCUCGCUCGCUCGCUCGCAUAAUCCAGCAAGACGUCAUUUAUUUGCUCUGGUAGGCAAUAAAGACUCUUCCUCGCCUUCGCCCUCCCGUGUCAAACCCAGGCAGGCCGCACACCACACAACGACUCACCCAGCGCCCGGAAACAGAAGGAACAGGUAGAAAGGCCAACAAUAGAUUGGCUUUGUCCUGGCACCAUCUUUUCCCUCUUUUCCCUCUCUUCCCACGAGAUCCGAGCCUUCCUCCCGUCGACUAUCCCCCUCGACUCGAUCAACGACCGACUCGAUCGUUCUUUCUGACGCCGAAGAGUACCAUACACGAUUGCUGGAAUACGCCGUGUAUUGAACUUCCUCGAGCCUCACCCAGCCCUCAUCCGUUCUUCGCAGAAGACUCGCUACACCCCUCUCACUAGCGCAGCAUCUUUUACGUUUCUACCAGCGGGUCAAGGUAUUCAAUGCUAAGUAGGAAUUGAGCUACUUCUUCGACAACUCCGACUUGUCGAGCUGCUAUACUUACUCCUAUACCUCAACACACCCCCAUAUCUAGGCAUCGACCGUACGGAUGCCUUACACUCCUCCCGCCCAGCGUUCUCCAGCUGUAUCAGCUCCUCACUCUCCGGUCCUGAGCCGUCGAUCUUCCUCAUCACACCAGUCUGGUCACACAAGUGCCACAGCGUCGAACCGACCCGAGUUACCGCGGUCAACCUCAUACCUCACCAGACAUCGACGGACCACUUCAGUCAAGACUGCAUCAUUCGCACCAUCACUCGAGCCAUCACCACCUGGAACGGCCGACAAGGAGAAGAAUGAUACAAACAGUUUGACUGCCUCUGACAGCGUCAGGCAAUCACCACCUCCUGUGACCGACGACACACAGAUACCUGCUGGUGCAGUCAUCUCGCCGCCCGACUCUGCACAAAAUUCGAGCGAUGACGAGGAUACGAAAGUGUCGAGAGGUCGGGAACUGGAGAACUUGGCUGAGCUGCAAGCGGCCAUCAGGAUUAUCGAGCAGCACAGGGAGAGUUCGCCGAACAGAAAAGCGGAAGAGAUUGGAAAGGCCAACCAAGCUCUGACACUCAUCAUGCCAGCUUCAGAGUCAGACGACAAGCCAACCGCUACUCACAUCGAAGAGACAGCCAUCAACACUCUCCGAAAGCUUGGCCACAAUAGAUCGAACACAGACUCUUCUGUCUUCAUGGACAUGAGACAAAGCCAGCCAGAAACGCCUCUCACCGGUUCUGAUGAAGACUCCAUCUCCGAUGACGACGAGCCAAACCGAUCCCGACGAAAGCCUCCCAUGCUCAGAAAGAAGUCUGGUGAGCUUGUUAGACCCGCCUUGAGACCUUCAUCAGCGAGGAGACGUCCUUCAAGCAUGCCGGGCACCCCGACAUUCUCUAAGGCCGUCCAUUUCGACUCGCACCUCGAGCACGUCCGACACUUCCUCCAAGUUGAUCGACCUUUAGCAGUCAGUGCAGGCUCGUCACCAGUCGAACAGUAUGAUAGUGAUACCGAGUUUCCGUUCAACGACGACGGAGCAAGAAGUCCACCAUUUGAGUGGGAGAUCAUAGUUGCUAACUUCGUUCCGACCACUAUACCGCUUCAAUUCGGACAACCCGUGAAAGUUGAAAGGGUGUUCUUAUCAUCGGACAACAAGACGCUGGUGGGUAGUGUCGUGGUCGCUAAUUUGGGUUUUCAAAAGACUGUCGUGGCACGCUUCACACUUGACUACUGGAAAACCACGUCAGAGGUUGUUGCCGAAUACAAUCACGACAUUCGUCAAACUAGGCACGAUGGGUAUGAUCGAUUCAACUUCAACAUCAAGCUCGCCGACCAAGCAAACCUUGAGGCCAAGACGAUGUUCUUUUGUAUUAAAUAUUGCGUCAACGGCGCUGAAUACUGGGAUAACAAUGGGGCAACUAACUACCAAGUUGACUUCCGCAAGAAGGCCAAGGCACAAAAUGGGAAGAAGGGAAUGGCUGGCGCUUCAUCACGACCAGCAAACUCGUUACCCAGAAGCAAUAAGAAGUCACCCCCUGCAAACGGAAGACCAAAGUCUAUGCCUGUCGCUUUCGAUGACUUUGCUGAUGGCUUCGACGGCAAGUAUCAAUUCGAUGACUUCAAGCAACCCGUCAAGGACUACUUGGGCGAGUCUGGCACCUCUGUUCGCCUAAAGGGUGUGAAGUCUGCUGUUAGCUUGGGCUCCGACAACCUUACUCGUCGUGCACCACAACCAAAUGGACAGGCAUUCGGCAAUCGAUAUGACUUUGGUGCCUCGCUGUCCGCUGCGAUCCAAGCUGCCAAUACUGUCCUUGGGGAUAAGUCUGGCUUGACCAUGAAAUCGACAGCAAAGAAGCAGCCACCUAAAAAGUACACUGCUGACUCUAAUGAUACUUCUUCGCCCCUCACAAUGGCAAGCAGGCGACCAGUGCAGAAGCCAGCCCCGGCAGUUAAACCUGUUAGCGUCCAGGCCCCUACUUCUGGAGCGGAUUCGCCUCGCCCAGUUGGGGCUGAAAAGCCCGCUCUGGCUUCUCAGUCCUACAACGAACUGUUGGACAAAUAUUGCUUUGUACGUACCAACGACCAUCACUGGACCGGACAGGACAGAAGCUAAUCUUAGUAUAGUUUGGAUCAUCCAAAACUUCUCCACAGCUGAAAGAUGGAACCAUGAGAUCUGGCCAAUACGAUGGCACCAUCGACGAUGGUUACGUUCUUGGUUCGGCUGAUUCUACCGCGGAUAGCUCACCUUUGAUGAUGGAGAGGAUAUCAGCACCGCAAUCUCAGAAAGCAAGUACGCAGGCGUCUCGCUCUGCUUCGCCAGCCCCGAUGACGGGCUUCGUUUCGGGUACGUCUCCGAUGUACCACAACUUGCAUGCUGGUUUUCCGUUCCGCGACACUCAUACUGCAACAGCUAUUCGGGGUUGAAUUUGACGUCUUCAGCAUUCUGAGCGAUUUUCGGUUGACACCACGGUAUAUUUUACGAAACGACGAUACGAAUAAUUCUUUUUCGACACGUUGAGAAGGCAAAGCCUGAUCAAAGUGGUGAUCUGGGGUCCUAGAUCACAGGAAUUGUUUCGAUUACCUCUUUGCUGAGUGUGGUCAUCAAAUUUUGAGACGGAUUGUUCGCGACUCUGCCACAAGAAGAUUCCCAUCAUAACCAUUGGUUCUUGGGUGUCUUCUAAGGGAGCGUCUUAAUGCAUUUCUGCGCGGGGACAUCAAUCAUGAUUGCUUUGCACGGAGUUUCUAUUCAUUCUUGUACUUUUGAGCGACCUGCAUGUUCCUUUAUCCGGCCGGAAUUUCCGGCCGACGAUUUCUCACCUCCAUUCGUACAUAGACUGGGGUUUUAAUAUUUUACGGGUCCAACCCUUCCAAGUUUGGGGAGGAAUUGUUAGCCACGAGGCUUUCCAUGCUGCCUUUCGACUUUGCGAAAUUGAGAUUGCGACGUCGAGUUUUUUUUUUGGAUUUGGGGAAAAAGUUGUCUUUUGCGCUGGGUUUUGGAACAGGGAAAGGAAGGGCUGCAGAGAGAUGGAACAAUCCCAUGGGUACAUACGAGAAAAUGGGUUAACUGGACGGGGCGGUGGGCAAUUCGGGGUGGGAUAGAAAGGAUACCGGAUGGGACUGGAUUUUUAUGGUCGGACAACCAACCAAACAAACAAUACUUGAUACGAUAAGGAUGCGGAAGAGCUAGCUAGCUGGGAGAGAUGAAUCGGGGGAAGGGAAUGGAUUCAUUCAAGUUUAAGGUGUUCUUUUACCUUUAUCUGAACUCUUGACCAUUCUGCUUGCUUGUCUUGCCCUUGCCUGCUUGCGCUGGACGGGAGAGGUAGUUUUGUGGAAGGUUGAUCGAUCCGGGACAGCUAACUACUUUGAAUGAGAACGGUUAAUUGAUUGAUUGGUUGA